AUGAUAAUGGAUAUACCUGAUCGUUACUAUAGGUUUAUUGUUGCGCUAAUUGCGCUGGUUUGCGGGCUAUUGCACAGAGAUUACGUGUCGAUGCUUUUUGAAAAUGAUAGGCAUUUUUCUCACUUGUCUGAAGUUGAGCGAGAAAUGUCAUUCAGGACAGAGAUGGGAAUGUAUUAUUAUUAUUUUAAAUUAAUAACCGAAGCGCCGACAUUUUUUGAGGGCCUAAAAUUACUGUGGAAUGACAGCAGUUCUCAAUAUCCUAGAGAAAUUAAUGCACAAAAAAUUUAUAAUUUAUUUCCAGAGAUUACAGCAGGUUUUCUGUACCAUAAAGCGAAAGAAUUUGACUUACUUGACGCUCCACAAUGUUGGCAGAUAGAAAGAGGCGAUGGACUGUCGACAGUAAGAAGCUGUCAAGGUUUGGCAGUCCCCUCGUAUUUUUACACAGAGUUCGUCUGGUACUUCGCGGGUAUGACCGGGGCGAUUAUUUUCCUAUACGGCACUUACCUGAGCGACUCGAUAUUCGGGGGACUGAUAGCCUUCCUGUCGUUCCUGAUCAACCACACAGAGUGCACGAGAGUCCAAUGGACGCCGCCAUUACGCGAGAGCUUCGCGUACCCCAUUUUGUUGUGGCAGAUGUACGCCGUUACUGUUGUCGUUGACAAAUAUCGGUACAAAAACGUCGAUAAAAAAUUUAACUGGCGAUAUAUUUUCAAGGAUUUUCCAUUCUUGUACAUCUUCAUUCCAACGUUACUGAGCCUAACCUGCUGGCAAUUCUCCCAGUUUGUGAUGAUGACGCAAGUAGUAGCGUUACUAAUCCUCCAUUGGCUGAGAAUCCUCCCCAAAAUACUAAUCCUGCAACUGACAUCCGUGCACUUGCUAUCAAUUGUCGCCAGUGGGUUCUUCGGCAACCUGAGCUCGUUCUCCGUCUACGCGACCCUGGUGGUCGGAGUUCUGUAUACCAACGACCUGCUAGUCCGCCUGGAGAACAUCCUGAGCGCCAACACUUUAGUAUUCCUCGAAAUAGUGACGACCUUCGGGUUCACCUACCUUCAGCAGUUCAUUCUGAUAGUGGCCUUCGAGGACCACAGCCACAUCUUCGACAUCCUGAAGGCCAAACUCACCAACUACAAGAACUUCCAUACCCUGCUGUACACCUGCUCAGCAGAGUUCGACUUCCUGCCCUACGAGAGCUACGAGGCCAUUGUUCGUAGCUUUCUUCUGCCUUUUGCCAUCCUGGCGGGAAUCAUGGCGCUGUAUUAUUGGUACCGGAACUUCAAAAUUGCUGGGUGGCCAGAUUGCAUCGAGGCCAGUGUGGCUUAUAACGCCUUGCAAACUGGAGCUUUUGUCCUGAUGGCUGCGAUGAUCAUGCGGCUCAAAUUGUUUAUGAACCCUCAUCUGUGCCUGAUUGCGGGGUUGGUGGUCAGCAGAAGGUACUUGGAGAAACUAGGACUUAGAAACGAGAUUUUUAGAGACGUUUUUGUUCUUACGGUGAUUGCGGGGUUGUGCUACAAUGGAUUCGUUGGAAUUGAGAAUGAGGGGAAAUCUUAUGGCGAGUUUAGUAAUGUUGAGCAGGAGGAGCUUUUUGAUUGGAUCAAAGGAAAUACACCCGAAGAUGCGGUGUUUGCGGGGAAGAUGUCACUGAUGGCGAAUCUUCUGCUGACCACCCGCAGGCCUGUUGUUAAUAAUCCUUUCUAUGAAAGCAAGAUCAUGAGGGAUCGUACCUUGAAAGUUUACGAAAUUUAUGGACGGAAAGACGCUGCUGCGGUUUAUGAAACUUUGAGAAAGAUGCAAGUUGACUAUCUGGUCAUUGACGAGGGAUUAUGCUAUGGAUUAGGCAAUCCUAAACCUGGGUGCAAAUUAAUAGACUUAUGGGAUGUAAUGGACAAUGGUCAAGCAAAAAGACUCGGUAAGCGUCCGCUGUGCCCGACUUUGUCCGAAAGAAACAGCCACCCUUUCAAAAGAGUCUUCGCAAACAACCACUACGUCGUUCUCAGGUUAGACUACUCGACGUACGUCGAAUUUAUGCCGAGUUCUCCGAUGGUUCUGCAAUCUGCGUGA